AUGACUCCUGGGUCCCGGAUGGGGGUCUCCACGGCCCUGACUUCGCUGCAGACAGACUCUAUUCCAAAGGAGGCGGAAGAAGUGUAAAGCGGCCGUGGGACCCGAGGCCACUCGGGUGGGAGAAGGGAAGCGUGCUGGGGGGCGUGAGGGAGUACGGCCGGAGAGCGGGUGACGGCCGCACAGUGGGCCGCCGCGUCCCGGGCCCUCGAAGUCCCCCGGCAGCUUCAGCCAGCCGCCGGUUGUCAUGGUGACGGCUGGAUCGGCGGCUGCUCGCCGGAGUAACAAAGCCGCCUGCUUCUCCUCCUCUCCAGGGCUCCGCCUCCUGCCUCCACCUCCACCCCCCCAACCCCGGAUUGUCGCGGCUGGAGCAGGCACCAGGCUUGUAGGGCUUUAGCCGCGGCGUCCCCACGGCCACGGCCACGGCCACGGCCGUCUGAGCAAGGUCUAUGUGUUACUAGUUGGAAUAAUUCAUUAGCAGAAUUACUCAUUACUUGACAAAUCAGAGCACAGUUGGAUUUUGAAGGGGUGACUUGUAAAAGGCUACAUUUUCGGGCAUGCCAUUGAAGCACUGGUCAAACAAGGCCCUUGGUCAUUCACUGCUGGAAGUAGCAGUUUCAGGGACUCUUCUCCAUGGAGUGUUUCAAAAUAUCAGAAAUCUUCACAUUGCCUUUUUCCACCUAAGUCUGGGCAACAAAGACGUAUGCAGAAGCUGAGAAUGAACGUGCAAACCCAGUUCGAUUUGAAUGGUGUGAUGCUCUCAGGGAUCCCCUAAGUAUCCCUUAGAAAAGCCCUGCUGGUGGAGAAGACCACUGAAGACAGCCCAACGAUGACCAGCCAGCCUCCAGAGGAUGUUGCCGAGUCCCCCGUCUCUGACGAGCUCGAGUGCAAGAUCUGCUACAAUCGCUACAACCUGAGGCAGAGGAAACCCAAAGUCCUCGAAUGCUGUCACCGCGUUUGUGCCAAAUGCCUUUACAAGAUCAUCGACUUCGGAGAUUCCCCCCAGGGCGUCAUCGUGUGUCCUUUCUGCAGGUUUGAGACCUGCCUGCCUGACGACGAGGUUAACAGCCUCCCCGACGACAACAACAUCCUGGUGAACUUGACUUGUGGCGCAAAGGGGAAGAAAUGCCUGCCAGACAAUCCCACGGAGCUCUUGCUGACCCCCAAAAGGCUGGCCUCCCUGGUCAGUCCCUCCCACACUUCCUCCAACUGCCUGGUGAUCACCAUCAUGGAGGUCCAGAGAGAGAGCCCCCAGUCUCUGAGCUCGACCCCCGUGGUGGAGUUUUACAGACCCACCAGCUUUGACUCUGUGGCUACCGUGUCCCACAACUGGACAGUGUGGAACUGUACCUCUCUGCUCUUCCAGACAUCAAUCCGAGUCUUAGUUUGGUUGCUAGGGUUGCUAUAUUUCAGUUCCUUGCCCUUAGGGAUCUACUUACUGGUCUCAAAAAAAGUCACUCUUGGAGUUGUCUUUGUCAGCCUCGUCCCUUCGAGCCUUGUUAUUCUUAUGGUAUAUGGUUUUUGCCAGUGUGUAUGCCAUGAAUUUUUAGACUGUAUGUCAUCACCUUCCUAAGAGAUGCUACAAAAAUGAGCAAUUUGAUAUGCUUUGCCAUGUUUGUAGUUUAGAUCAUUUAAAUUUUAUUUUAUUUUAUUUUUAGUGUUCUUAUUUAUGAUGUUUCUAAUAUUAAUUGGCACGUUAAUUACAUUUUUAAUGGUCUGUUUUCCUCAUCAAUCUGUAGCCUUUGUUUUACUUGGUUUUUUUUUUUUUUUGGACACUGAUAAUACCAUUUGAUACUUCACCUUGGGGGUUAGGCUUUAGGAAAGAAGCAGAUGUGCUCAAGUUAAGCCUUCUUGGAGCUUCAAGGAACGGAGGAGUACAUUGUGUAGCAGCAGAGAUUUUACUAUAAAAGUUGUUACAGGACACCUAAUAGAAGUGGAAUAGCAGUAGAGAUUUUUUGCUAUAAGUUAGUGAUGAACUGGCUUCCCUUUGCAUAAUCUUCACUGUGAUGUUUAUGUAACGAGGGCAUAAGUUAGUCUGCUUUUAAGGUGUACAUUCCCCAUUGACAUUUCUGUGGCUGCCUUCCUUUGACUCACCCAUUCUCCUUGUAUUUCUUUUCUCUUAAUAUCACCCUCUAUUAUUUAAUGUGCAAUUCGAGGCAUCUGUCUGCUCUGCACAUUUUUCCUGUUCCUAAAAGCCCCCAGCUUCAUUUUGCUGACCUGCUCUCUGCUAUUGCAGAAUUCUUUUUGAAAACAGUGAGAAAUUUGAACCAUAGGAGAAUUGGUCAUUUGUUCUGAAGGCACUAUUAGUCCCCGGAUUUUGUGAACCUCCACUCUUUUGUGAGAAGUACUAGAGGCUGUUUUGUUUGUUUGUUUUUUGCUUCGGUAUGUUUGAUCUCUUAUCCCAUUACUCCUUCAACCUCUACUCCCCUUCAUGAGAAAAAUAGGUCUCCUUUUCUAUUGAUUCCUAUAAGGUAAGGAGAAAGGGUGAUUUAUCAAACAAAAUUUGGAUCUUCUUGCCUUCCUUUCCUCAUGCCCUACCAUUCUCAUUUCACAAGACACUGACUUAAUUGAUUUAAUUUUCAGCCUUUGGAGAUGGAGGAUGAAAAGAUCCUUCUCAUAGUAAAGAGUUGAGAACAUGUAUGUUUGUUUUGCUAUACUGAAUAGCAAUAAAAAUAUGAAGGCUUUAGGUUUCUGUCCACAAAUGCUGUGUCAUCUGUGGGUAGGUAGGGGGGAAGGAGCAAACAAUAUGCAGAGCUAAAGCCUUUGCUAGUGAUACACCCAAAGGAACUCAAGCAAUGCUCAUGAAGCUGAAGGAAAUUGUCUGUGACUGCAUUGAUUGCUGUCUCUGAUGGUCUAAAAUUAGAGCAGUCUAAUUUAUAAAGUGGGGUCGAGUUCUUAUGCACAUUAUUUCAGUGAAAGACAGGGUUAAUAUGACUUGAUUGAAGGGACCAUUUUCCUUAAGGUAGGGGAAGCUGAUUUUAUAUUUCUGAGAAGAAUUCUUUAGCUGAUUUUAGGUUUUAAAGUGUACUAUGUCAACUGGAACUAGGUGUACCCAAUGGAAAAAAGAAACCUUUUUAAAACCCCUUGAUUAGUAUAUAACCAUGUUUUUGGUUUUUAUUUUAUUUGAAGGAGUAUUAUUAAGAUACUAGUUAUUCUAGUUUGUGAUGAAAUAUUUGUUGUGAGGUGGUAGCUAGAGUGGGCCCUAUUUCGAUUUCUAUAGUCAACAAAAAUGGUUAUUUCCAGAAUAGCUGUAUCAUUUAAUUAUAUAAUUGUUAACUUUCAGAAUAUUUAUGCCAAGCUCAAUUUGGCCAGAAAGAACAUGUGGAAUCUGGCCUAAUGAAUUUAUCAUGAGGUAUAUAUAUAGCUAAAUAAAUUUAUGAAUCCAUAAAAUCUAGUUUAGAUAAGAGUUCAAUGUGAGUGCAACUCCCCAGAAAACUAUCUGUUCCUGAAGUGAAUGUUAUGUUUAGAAGAUGUUACAUUGGGGUUUGCAUAUUUGUAAGGGUUUUAAAAAAAAUGUUUAUUGGUCUGAAGUGUAACAUCUAGUAGUUAGGUGGCGUAAUACAUUGAUGAGAUUUUAGAAAGUUUGGAAAUUUGAAUUAUGUGUUUAGCUUCUUUGUGUAAAUAAUGUGUCUGUAGUGCUCAAUUUAUGUAUCCUUAUGCAAAAUGGUGGUCUUUUUUUUUUUAAGUUACCAGUGAAUUAACUUUGGUUCAGAAAUAAAUCUUACCAAUACCUUUAAAAUCUGUUAAAUGGAUAACAAUAAUAACUUUUCCAUGUUGUUAAAUGAAAAAGAAAGGACAAUGCUUCAAUAUUACGAUCACUGUGAUACAGUUUUGUUUUGUCAUUAAAUCAUUAUUAUUCCCAAA